GCAUUCGUCGGCCAGGGACUGCCACCGAGUCCUCGCACUGGCAUAGCCCCCGUUCCCUUUAUUCAAGGAGCAGGCCCAAGACCGGUGGCAAUGACCUUCCGUUGUCUUUCGAGCAACUUUUCGCGGAGUCGUGCAGCAGGGCCACAAAACGAAUUGCGUGCGAAAGGCGAGAAGGUGCUGCUGCUGGAACGGCACUGCGAUCAAGGAAGCAGUAUAGAAGCCUCAAAUGCUGGUGGACCCUGGCAGACCUCAAAAUUGCAGAGCAGGCAGAAGAUGGCUCCUCAGAUGCCUCUUCGAGUUUCGGUGACGAGCCGCCUGAAAGUUCACCUAUUGUACAUGCUCCUUCCAUGCAGUCCAUACAGAUGCGCCGAAAAAGCAUUGAAGCCAUGCUAGCGCGACGAAGAAACUCCAAUCGAAAGACGAGCCAGCCGAAUGUCAUGCCUGAGGAAGCUGGACCUGCCAAAGAAGCCGGAACAGCAGCGAAAAUCAUGCUGAAACACGUCAGAGCAAGAGGUGAGGUGUUUGCCGGAAGUGAUGCUGAUCUGCAAGACCCGGAUCUCGUUGAGAUUCUUACCCCUCCCGAUGAGCAGGAAGUGCUGAUGCGGAUGGGCGACUCGUCUGAAGGAUUUACGGAGAAGGAUGCAGAACGUCUGCGAAAGGCCUUCGUGCUGCAUCGGUGCCGCUGGCGCCCAGAGAUUCAUACGGACGAUUUGGAACAGAUUCUCGAUUACCUUGGAUACCUUAAGAUUUCCGAAGCCGACGUCCACGCCAUGGUAUCUGAGAUCACGAGGUAUUCCACCAUGGAGUUCGAGGAGUUCAUGAGUUUUAUGACUCGGGCAAGGGCAUUUGAUCAGAAUCAAGUGCGCGAGAAGUUCGCACUUUUCGAUGCGGACCAGUCCGGAGAGCUCAGCGCUGAUGAACUCGAAGAUGUCCUGAAGUCCUUGGGGAUCACACCGUCCAGAACCACCAUAGCUGGAGCCCUGGCUGUGGUGGACGAGGAUGGCUCGGGCAGUCUGGACUUUGAGGAGUUCGUGCAGCUCCUUCUGAUCUACCGAAAAACGGAAGGAUUCGCAGAGUCGGAGGUAUUGAAGCUGCAUCGCAUUUUCACGCGGUUUGCAGAAACCAAGCCAAGCACAUCUGGGAGGCGGAUGCUACCCUACGACCGCUCGAACAAGGCUCUGAUCGAGAUGUUCGGCAGCCAAGCGGCGCAGCUGGCCUCGCGGCUUGGGAGUGCCAUGCCCAGGCCGCCAUCAGAAGGAGAAGAGGGCAAGAAGCCAACCAAGAAGGCGGAAGGAAUGACCUUCCGUGAGUUCCUCAUCUGGGCCAGGCGCCUCCGAGAGAUUGAAGUCCAGUGGUACCAGCAGGAAUUUGCAGGAGCAGAUGUGGACAAAGGAGGCUUCUUGGACGAGGAGGAGAUCCGCCUGGUGCUGCAACGUUUGGGCUACACGCCGCUGCGUGCGGUAAUCUUUGACAUGAUUGAAGCAGUUAACCCGCAGAAGCGCGGAAUGUUGGACUUCGAUGAGUUUGUCCAAAUGAUGGAGCUCUUCCGGAAUUCAAAUGGCUUCAUGCGCCACGAAGUCAGGGAAUUCAAACAAAGCUUCGACAUGUUCGACACUGAAAAGGUUGGUGAGGUUGAUGUGAUCCAAGUGGGUGGCAUACUGCGCUCACUCGGAUUCGUCACCGAGCUGGCAGAAGUGCAGGUGCUGCUAAAGACUGUGGAUUGGAACGGCAGCAACUCCCUGGACUUCUCGGAAUUUCUCCGCCUAAUGCGCAUGCACCGAGAGCAGGAGCUACUGCGCAUCCGGCACACCUUCGACAAGUAUGCAGACACGGAUGUCUUGGAUGACGGGGUCGUCAAGGUCACGGUUGAGCCCGGAGAUGUCAAAACCAUGCUGCGACUGCUGGGCUUUUCAGACAACUUCGUCACUUCCACCACAGGGGUGUUCAGAGCUUUGCUUCGAGAAGCACUCGACUAUGAUGCCAUGGUUCUCCUUUGUGACUCUUGCCGGCGGAUGAACAUGGAGAAGAUGCGGAAGCAAGCUGGCUUUUCAGAUGAAGCUGUAGAGAAAUUCCAGAAGUUGUUCCGGGCACUCGACUCCGAAGAUUGCAAGCAGUCGUUUGGAGAGUUGCGGGCACAUGCAGGUGGCGAAAUCGCCCAGAACGAACUAGUGGCCUUCUGCCAGGAUCGAGGUCUUUCCUUGCAGACCAAGAAAGAUCAGCUGCAGCUGCUGAGUUUCAUCAAGGAAGCACGGACGACAGCACUCCAAGCUGGUGUCCCUUCGCAUCUGUGCGGCGCGGAGGGUUCAGCAGCUGUGACGCAGUGGGUCUUUAUCCAUCUGCAGCGCAUCUUGCAGACCCAUCAGGACAAAGAAAGGGCAUCGCAGCUCAGGGGCAGUGGCCCUGCAAGCUUCUCGCAGGCAGAGGUUGACGAGCUUUCCGUCAUCUUCUCCAAAGGCCUGACACCUGAACGAGGAUCGCCCACUUCCGAUCCCAAGGCGACUCUGAGCAUUAACGGGCUUUGGACGAUCCUCUCCCAGCUUGGGGUGCAGCUGACACCCAUCGAGAGGGAGGAGGUCAAGGUAAAGCUUUUCAUGGACUGCGGCAACCAGCUCGAUCUGCCUGCUUUCCUCAAGGUCGUGUCCUGGCUGGCUGCUGCCAAGCAGAGCAGCGCAGAUUUGUCUAAAACAGUGUGA